AUGCCUCCUUCGCGACAUCCAUCGAGACCCCCUUCCCGACAUCCGUCCAGACCCCCUUCCCGACAUCCGUCCAGACCUCCUUCGCUCCAUCAAUCGAGACCUCCUUCGCGACAUCCGUCCAGGCCUCCCUCUCUCCAUCAAUCCGUUACGUCCGAUUCGCAGCUGACCUCACCGAGCGCCUCUUCGGUCAGGCGCGAGUCCGCACGCGGCCCCUUCUUCGGCACGAACAGGAAGUCCCAGACCAAGAUCACGGAGCCGUCAGCGAAACAGUCGCAAUGCCUGAUAUGCAUGGACGAGUUCCCCUCGGGCAAGACGGCGAAGCUCAAGUGCGGCCACCGGAUGUGCAGGCCGUGCCUCAGGACGAGCUUCAAGCUGUCGGUCAAGGACCCGCAGCAGAUGCCGCCCAAGUGCUGUGCGCAACACAUCCCGCUGAAGCACGUGGACGGCCUGUUCUCGAACGAGUUCAAGCGCACGUGGAACAAGAAGUUUGCCGAGUUCUCGACGCGGAACCGGGUGUACUGCCCGUCGAAGCGGUGCGGCGAGUGGAUCAAGCCGGAGGACAUGCACCGCGAGGAGGGCGGGCGCAAGUACGGCAAGUGCGGGCGGUGCAAGACGAAAGUCUGCUGCGCGUGCCACGGCAAGUGGCACGCGUCGCGGGAGUGUCCCCGAGACGAGGAGACGAAUCGGUUCUUGGAGCAGGCGAAAGAGGCGGGGUGGCAGCGAUGCCAUAAAUGCAAGGCUAUGGUGGAGUUGAAGGAGGGGUGUUAUCAUAUGACCUGUCUAUGCGGAGCCCAGUUUUGCAUGAUUUGCGGGUCAAAGUGGAAGACGUGCGACUGU